AUGGGUUUGUAUGAAUAUUUAAUUCUCUUGUUCAAUAGAGUUCCGGGUAUAAAUCUUGAUGAUGCUAGAAUUUUACUUUGUGCAUACACGGGAAAAGCUGCUUUUGGAAUCGGUGGUCAAACUGUACACAGUACGUUUGGACUUCCAGUAUCCCAGUGUGGCCAAACAAUGCCCGAAUUAUUAGCAAGCACCGCGAACACCUUAGCAUGUAAACUUGCAAAAGUAAGAUUAAUAAUUUUGGAUGAAAUAUAUAUGCUAGGGAGUAGAACUCUGAACCAAAUUAAUAGGAGAUUGCAACAAGUAUUUCCCACAGAUACGCCAUUUGCUGGUAUGUCUAUUAUAAGCGUCGGAGACUUCAAUCAAUUACCACCGGUAGGAGACAACUGGGUUUUUCAGCCAAACAGUAGUCGAAAUCCAUUGGCACACCUUGCUGGUGCUCCGAUGUGGGAACCAUUCUGUCUCUUUAUGAUGACUAAAAUAACGCGGCAAAGAGAUGAUCUGGCAUUCUCAAUAGCCUUAAACAAUAUGGCUGUCGGUCAGAUGACUUCUAUCGAUAUAGAGUUAAUAAAUUCUAGAUGUUACAAUAUUAAUACUUUACCUAUUGAGGCACAUGGAGCGAUACACUUAUUUGCGACCAACAAUGAAGUUGAUAAAUACAAUAAUCAAGUAUUGUCUCGAAUGAACACCGAAGGAUACUCGGUUAAAGCACUUAAUGUGGUUUCUGGAGCACCAAAUCCGCAAGCUGCUAGAAAAGCCCUGCAAUCUGUUAAUGUUCUAGCUACAAUGGAGACCUAUGGUCUUUCUAAGAACUUGUUUUUACGAGUAGAUGCACGUUAUAUGGUAACUGUGAACAUUGACACUACGGAUGGCCUUGUAAAUGGUAGUACGGGAAUAUUGAAGGCUAUAGAUUACGGUCGACACAAGGAAACAAGUGAAAAGUGGCCUUUACUACCAGCAAAAGGUACUACAAUUCACAAGUCACAAGGUGCAACCAUAGAAAAAGUUGUGGUUCAUAUUUCUAAAAAUGUAAAAAUAUCGAUGUUGUAUGUAGCUUCUUGUUCUAAAGCAACGUCAUCGUCUGGACUAUUUUUAGUUGUGAAUUCAGGUAGAUUUAAACCUCCAACUGAAAUAUCAGAAUAG